CACAGCUCCCGCUCUCUCGCUAGCUCUCUGCGCUGAAGGGAAGCCGAGCCAGGAAGCCCCAGCAACCUGCCCAUCAAGAUGAAGAAGCUCCAGGGAGCUAAACUCCGAAAGCCUGUCACCCCAGACCUGCUGAUGACCCCCAGUGACCAGGGGGAUGUAGACCUGGAUGUGGACUUUGCUGCGGACAGGGGGAACUGGACAGGCAAGCUGGACUUCCUGCUGUCCUGCAUCGGCUACUGUGUGGGCCUGGGGAACGUCUGGCGCUUCCCCUACCGAGCCUACACCAACGGAGGAGGUGCCUUUCUUGUGCCCUACUUCCUCAUGCUGGCCAUUUGCGGCAUCCCCCUCUUCUUUCUCGAGCUCUCCCUGGGCCAGUUCUCCAGCCUGGGGCCCCUGGCUGUCUGGAAAAUCAGCCCCCUCUUCAAAGGUGCCGGCGCAGCCAUGCUGCUCAUCGUGGGCCUGGUGGCCAUCUACUACAACAUGAUCAUCGCCUACGUCCUCUUCUACCUCUUCGCCUCCCUCACCAGCGACCUGCCCUGGCAGCACUGUGGCAACUGGUGGAACACGGCCCUCUGCCUGGAGCACAGAGGCUCCAAGGACGGCAACGGGGUCCUGCCCCUCAACCUCACCGGCACCGUCAGCCCCAGCGAGGAGUACUGGAGCCGAUAUGUCCUCCACAUCCAAGGCAGCCGGGGCAUCGGCAGCCCCGGGGAGAUCCGCUGGAACCUCUGCCUCUGCCUGCUGCUCGCCUGGGUCAUCGUGUUCCUCUGUAUCCUCAAGGGCGUGAAGUCCUCAGGCAAGGUGGUGUAUUUCACGGCCACGUUCCCCUACCUCAUCCUGGUCAUGCUGCUGGUCCGAGGGGUGACCCUCCCAGGGGCCUGGAAGGGCAUCCAGUUCUAUCUCACGCCCCAGUUCCACCACCUGUUGUCUUCCAAGGUGUGGAUCGAGGCUGCCCUUCAGAUCUUCUACUCCCUGGGUGUGGGCUUUGGGGGUCUCCUCACCUUUGCCUCCUACAACACGUUCCACCAGAACAUCUAUCGAGACACCUUCAUCGUCACCCUGGGCAACGCCAUCACCAGCAUCCUGGCCGGCUUCGCCAUCUUCUCCGUGCUGGGCUACAUGUCUCAGGAGCUGGGUGUGCCCGUGGACCAAGUUGCCAAAGCAGGCCCUGGCCUGGCCUUUGUCGUCUAUCCGCAGGCUAUGACCAUGCUGCCUCUGUCCCCCUUCUGGUCCUUCCUCUUCUUCUUCAUGCUGCUGACUCUCGGUCUGGACAGUCAGUUUGCCUUUCUGGAGACCAUUGUGACAGCAGUGACAGAUGAGUUCCCGUACUACCUGCGACCCAAGAAGGCCGUGUUCUCAGGGCUCAUCUGUGUGGCCAUGUACCUGAUGGGGCUGGUCCUCACCACAGACGGGGGCAUGUACUGGCUGGUCCUUCUAGACGAUUACAGCGCCAGCUUCGGGCUAAUGGUGGUGGUGAUCACCACGUGCCUCGCUGUCACCCGGGUAUAUGGCAUCCAGAGGUUCUGCCGGGACAUCCACAUGAUGCUGGGCUUCAAGCCGGGCCUCUACUUCAGGGCCUGCUGGCUGUUCCUGUCUCCAGCCACGCUCCUGGCCCUGCUGGUGUAUAGCAUCAUCAAGUACCAGCCCUCAGAGUACGGCAGCUACCGAUUCCCAGCCUGGGCAGAGCUGCUGGGCAUCCUGAUGGGCCUGCUGUCCUGCCUCCUGAUCCCAGCUGGCAUGCUGGUGGCUGUGCUUCGAGAGGAGGGCUCGCUCUGGGAGAGGCUCCAGCAGGCCAGCCGGCCCACCAUGGACUGGGGCCCAUCGCUGGAGGAAAACCGGACAGGCAUGUACGUGGCCACGCUGGCCGGGAGCCAGUCACCCAAGCCGCUGAUGGUGCACAUGCGCAAGUACGGGGGCAUCACCAGCUUCGAGAAUACCGCCAUUGAGGUGGACCGCGAGAUUGCCGAGGAGGAGGAGUCCAUGAUGUGAGGAAGGAAGCAGGUGGACCAGAGGUCCCGCCCCCGUGCAAAGGAAGCUAUGCCUUCUAGGAUUCUGUGAGGCCUGAGGCUUCAGGAGGUUGCCAUGGUGAUGCAGGCCCCAAUGCAAGUCCUUCUUUGUGGCCUCUGCCUUUCCUGAAAUCUGCCCCCAUGUGCGUGCGUGUGCGUGCACACACACUAGAAAGCUGAGAAUGACCCAGCUCAGCCCUCGUUUCACAGGUGGAGAAGCUGAGGCCGGGAAGGAGGACUUGCCUGAGGCCUCCUGGCAGGGGAGACCAAAGCCCAGGCCUCCCGACCAGCCAGGCCCCUUUCUCACGGGGCAGCUCUCACCACCCUCCCGUCCAUGUGCAGGGCCCAGACCCCAUCCUUUUCUCAGGGAGCCUGCCCUCCACUCUCCGUCACAGCCAGAAUCUUGAGUUGGUCAGGGAAACUCAGGGCGUCUUGAGCCCCAUCAGGCCCCAGGCAUCGAGGAUUAGCAAGUCAAGGUGGGGAACGACCCCUGUGGGUUCAGGUGCUCGGCCAGGUUUCCUGAAGGAGGUGGGAUCUGAGGGCUCUGGAGGAUGGGCAAGUUUGGAAAGGGAGGAAGAGGAGGGAAGGUGGGUGGGGAAGGCCUCUGGGUAAGGGGCAGACCCAGCCGAGGCCUGGAUCCCACUGUAGCCUCUCCCUCCCCUCCUGGGGCCAGGAGGGGGCUGCCUGCCUGGGCCAGAGACCAGGGGCAGAGCAGGAAGAGUGGCGGGAGGAGCAGUCACCAGGUUACAGCAGGUUCAAGGAGCAAUGAAAACUGCCAGGGAGGGGGAGCCAGGGACACGGGGUGGGCAGGGGACUUGCAUGAUCUGUUUGUGCUUUAGAUGGAGUGUUGUUCUGGGGCAGACUAGGGGGACAGGGCGGAGGAGAGGGGCCUGUGGAGAGCAGCAAGAAGGGCCGGUGGCCCGGGCUAGGGUGAGGGAGGUAGGGGUAGGGAAAGAAGAAGGACCUCCGUGUAGGGAGCCCUGGACAUGCCCACGACAGAGGGGAGAGAUGCCCGACCCGCACAAGCUGUGGAGAUGGGAAUGAGGGGCCAUAACCAAGACUCAGGGCCCCUCUCUUCCCUUCUGCCUUGUCCUGGUGGUCCUCACUCUAUGCCCCAGCUCCAGGCACUGCUGGGAAAUUCUCCUUGGCUGUGAAUGAUCAGGGCAACUAGGAAACUUGGAGAUGGCCCACAUGCAUGGCUGACUGGUCUUGUCGCUGCCCACUGUGCUCCAGAACAUACGGGGCCCAGGCACGAGGGGGUGGAGACAGAAAGCAGAGGGCAGCGAGCCCCCAGGCCUGGGGCCGGAAGGGGCUGCCCUGGGGUCUGUCCCUCCCUGAGAGAUGAGCAUGGGGUGUGCACACGCCCGAGCAGGUCUGCUGCUGCACACGGUGAGCCCCAGUGGAGCUGUGCCAGCCUCUGCGCCCGUCUCUCUCCCGGUGUCUCCCAACCCAUCUGUGUUCUGCUGGUUUAUUGUUAA